AUGGUAGACGUGGCAAGGCUACUAUCAGCAAAAGGCAAUGCUGUUCAGAAUGCAUUUCAGACCACUGCUAAAUUGGAGCGGGAUUACAACGAGGGAUAUGGACUCAAUCUUCUUGAUUGGGAUAUGGGCGCGCUUUCCGAGGCGGAAAUCGCAAUUUUGCUCCUGAACCUCAUGGUGAACGAGGUGAUCGCAUGGCGGAAGGAGACUGGACGUGCUACACCUGAAACCGAGCAGCUUGUCCAAACGCUUGAUGAAGUAGAUACACGUCUUAGGCAGACGCUCAAGCAGACGCGUGGUGUCUCUACACCUUCUCCGACGUUGUUUCCAGACCUUCUCGCCGAAAGCGAACGCGAUUUGGAGAAAAUUCAGAAUGAAUGUGAUGCUUAUCUUCAACGCUUUGCCAGUAAGUUGAUCGAACAGGAAAAAGAACACGCAGAGAAAAUUGAGGUGCUUAUCUUUAAAAAAUUCCUCAUUGAGUUUAUCCGAGAUUUUCUCUUCGUUGAGGUCGCAGAGAGUACGCGCGGGAAUGAGUUACCCGAGCGUCUCAAUUGGUUCUUGAAUCUCGUUGAUUCUGAAAUCAUCUCGAUUGAAGUCGGAGAAACGAAGGUUUCACCGAACCAUCACAAAGUCAAGGGUGCAAGUUCUUGCGAGUUUGAAGCAGGGACGAUUGUUGAAGUUGUCACGGCUGGAUUGCAGUCCAAGGAUGGAAAACGCGUCAGUCAAAUGGCUGUUGUCAUUGAAGCGGAGUAG